CUACGCUUCUCCGUCCACUAGCCAGUGGCUACUCGCCACUAGGUGACUCCCCCGACGAACACCCCCUGUUCCUCAUUGAGUGUGUGCUCUUGCGCCGCGCAGCCCGAGGCUGAUCUACCGUAAUCAGCGAAACUCUCUGGCCCUCUCGGGUCACGGCCUCGUAAAUUCCGCCCUCUCGUCCAGCUUCCAGAUCGUGGUCUCUCUCUCCGAAACGGGAACUCGGUCCCUCUUUGUUGCUUCCCCCGGAGUACUUCCAAGCGCUGUUUCGCCGUUUCGGCCUCGAUCGCGGGUCUCCUCGAAGCUCUCCCCCCCCCUCCAACCCCCAUUUCUCCAGUCUCGUUCUCACCAGGCGUCAACAACAUCUGAUCCAUCUAUCACGCGCCUCCUCAGCCUCAGCUACUACCUUCCGUUCAAUUGGCGCUGCAUUUCCCCACCUUGAAAUUGCCCUUCCUUGCGCUCGUCGAACCCGAUUGAAAGAGAGAAACAAAAAAAGGCGACCCUUGCAAGACCAACCACUUUACCUACCCCCCCUGGCCACGAAACGAGCAGCACGAUCAGUUCUUCCCCCGCCCCCCCUGAGAACCACCACGACUUUUGCCCUCUUCUGCAACGAAUGAUUGAAUUACGGUAGACGGUCGAUUGAAUGGAACUCGGCCGUGUCGUGCUCUGGUUAGCACAGGGAUCCGACUCUCCCACUUCUCACCGGGCGAUGCAGUGAUCGUUUCAUCCAGUCGACUGCGCAAUUUCGAGAUGGCAACCGACUUCCAAUCCCCCAUGGCUUCCUCGGCUCAACCAUCUCCUGCCCCAUCAUCCACCCGGGCUCACUCCAAAUCCAGAUCGAGAUCUCGACCGGCUCGUCAUCGGCGUGAUUCCUCUCCCGCGCCGCCUUCCUCUCCACCGGGUCUGCCAACACCCGCCUUCUCGCCCGAUGGACACAGUGAUUUGGACGACGAGCUCGGGGAGGAAGAUACGCUGUCGCCAUUCGACGCUCGCAGAAUCACGCCCACCCUCCAUGCCUCGCUCGUAUCGGAGAUUCUCAAUCUCCGCCGCGAAAUUGAGCAUAAAACCAGAGCCAUCGAUGUGCUAGAACAGAGCUUAGAUGAAUCGAGGACGGAAACUGAAACGCUGGGUGAAAAUUUGUCCCGGGCGACGCGCGAAGCGCGGUCCCUGAAGCACCAGAUCCAGUUACUGGAAGGUGGGACGUCAUCGGCGAUGACGGAGUUGGCCCGCGAGCGGGACGAAGCCGUGGAGAGUAUCAAUGAUGUUCGCAAAAAGCUGGAACAAUCGCAAAAACGGGCUCGCAGUCGAGAGGAAGAAGCGGAGCGAACGCAGAUGUUGUGGGAUCGCGAUCGCGACACGUGGGAGAAUGAGCGCCGGAAUUUAGAACGCAAGGUCCACGUGGUGGAGGGCCGGUUGAAAACGGUCCUGAAUGAAGUUGCCGCCGCGCAGGAAGCGGGCACGCUCGUCUCGCAACAUGGCGAGAAUGAUGAUACGGAGAAGGAUAAAACGAAGGGUAGCGAUACUGCGAGUGUGGCAUCGAGUAGUCAGGGCCGGCGACGCACGAGUAUGACCAGCGUGACGACGGAUGAGGGCGAUAAUGACGCGCCUUAUCACAAUGUUCGGUACUCGGUGAUGAGUCUGGCGCCCGGCAAGGGCGAUUCGGGUUUGAACCUGGCACAGGAAUUGGCAUUCGACGAGGAGGAGGAAGAUGAGUUUGUCGCGUUUGAUGACGACGAGACUCCCGCGUCGCCAGAGGCACUUCCCGAGGAACGGCCGUUGUCCGUGCAUUCAGCCGCAUCGCAUGAUAUUUCGUCAAAGGCGCGGAAAAUCCUGGGUCUUUCGAUGCAGAGUAAUGCGUCGGCUAUCGCUGCAGAGUUCCGUGCGGUGGACACGCCCAACCCUGUGAAAGUGGACAGUCGAGUUGCGGAAUAUCGCGAUACGGGUAUCCAGUACUCACCACCACCGUCGCCCGAAUCAUUGGCUGCGGUUGAGGAGGUCGAGCCCGUGCCUGCUGAUAUCCCGAUGUUGAAUAUCACGGCAGAGGAGGAGGGGUCGAGUGAGAUGAAAGAUUCCUCGACAUUAAAUAUCGAAGUGAAGAUGGUUUCCAGUUCUUGCCAGACAAUCGGCGAGCUGCCCAGUCCCCCAUGGACACCCAAGGUUCCUGAAUCGCCGGUCCGUCCCGCCGUGGAGGCGACCCCAGAGCCGGUUCGAAUGGCAACUGCUUCGACACAGACCGAUGCUAUGCCCGAGGCUGAGCCACUCGCGGCUGAGAAGGCUACAUUGUCGCCCAAUGACGUGCCGUCCCAGAUGGAUGUGCCCAUGAUUGCCAUUCACCCGCCUGCGUCCGAACCACCUUCACCCCGAAAUAGCGUCGUUCUUCCCCCGCAGACCAAGAAUGUCUCGGUGCAGGCCAAUUUCCGGUCCGUCGUCGACGGUCGAUCAAUCGCCAUUCAGACCGAGGAGAUUCGCAUCGAUCAACGGCCUGUCAAACUCCCUGCCAGCCUCUUACCCUCCGCCAUUCCCGAUCUUCCUAUCCGAUCUGAAGUCAAAGAACCCGUCUAUCAACCGUACCGUCCACCCGUACCUCCACCACGUUCCGCCAAGAGAGAACAACGACCAUUUGCUGCCGAACGACCUGUCAAACCCCCGCGUGCGCAGCCUUCAGAGCUCGUGCAAGCUUACCCAGGCAACAACGACAAUGGCCCGCUCUCGGACGAUUUGGUAUCUUCUGGCCUGCGACGACCCUUCCGCUCCAGCAGUUUGUUCGCUGGAUUUGAACAACUAAGUGACGACGAAGAUCCCGCCGCAGAAGAGCGGGAUAUCUUCACUGACGAUGAGCUACUCAACCGUCCAUUCGCAUCCUACACUCUCCGUCGUGGCAAGAUGGUCAAUGCCAAAUCACGACCCAGCCUUGACGAAAUGACUCUUCCUGAAAUUGACGAGCAUCUCUCUGAUCCCGAGUCAGGGCCAUAUGACAUUGCGCGAGGCUCACGUCCCGUCCUUCGAUCCGGUGCAAGCGCUACUUCUUCUAUCCGCCAGCCCGGUAUGCGCAAGAUGGCCAUGAUUUCCAGCGGUGCGGCAGCACACCAGAAGACUCGCGCUCGCAGCCCUAGCGAACCCAGUCUUGAUAGUGGUAGCGCGGGAUCCAGCAUCGCCCCUCCUUUUCCCGUUCCAAUCCGCCUCAGUUCUCGAAAGCGCGGGCUGAAUGGCAGUGAUGGUCCACCAAGCCCGACCCGCUCAGCGAGACAGUUCUCGGACCGUGGUGCCCGUACAACAGUUGUGCGCCGGCCAACCUUGCGCCGUGUCCGAUCUGCUGCUGCAAUGUCCAACUCGGAUCUGCCCGAACGCCCCGAAACCCGAUCUUCACCCGCACGCUCUGCAUCCUCGUUUGUGUUGGAUAGUCCAUCAUACAACCCGCCUCCAAUGCCAUUUGAUGAUAUCACAGCCCCGCGUGACAGGCGCAAUGUCCAGAAACAGGCCUCGCAUCGUGCAACGGAAUCUACUGGUCGGAAUCAUGACCGUCAGGACUCAACGGGUGGUGUGCAGCCAACGAGCGUGGUUGAUGCGAUUGCUCAAACUAUGGUUGGCGAGUGGAUGUUUAAGUAUGUCCGUCGCCGCAAGUCUUUCGGCAUGGGCGACUCCAAGGAUAAUUGGGAGGGGAAGAACCCUGAUGAGGUAUCGGCCAAUAUUACCAACAGUGGUGUUCGACACAAGAGAUGGGUCUGGCUGGCGCCGUAUGAGGGUGCCAUCAUGUGGAGUAGCAAGCAGCCGACCAGCGGACCUGCCUUGCUGGGCAAGAGUGGCCGAAAGUUCACCAUUCAGUCCGUCCUCGAUGUGAAAGACGACAACCCCAUGCCUAAGGGCAGCAUCACUCCCGCUCCCUUUAAUCGCUCUAUCCUCGUUCUAACUCCUCAACGCGCACUCAAAUUCACCGCGCUCACCGUCGAGCGCCACUACGUCUGGCUCACAGCUCUCUCCUUCCUCAGCCACUCCUCAAUGGGCCUCCAAGACCUCGCCGCCAUCCCCCCCGCACCGCAAGAAGAAGCCGCCUCCCCACCACCUCUUGCCACCCUCCGCCGCAACCCCAUCCGCGACUCUAUCCGCGUGGCAAAGGGUAAACCCCGCCCAAUGCCAAAAGGCAAACGAUCCUUCCCCAGCGCCCCAGUGCCCGAACUGCCUUCCGUAGGGGACUUGGAUAACAUGGCCGCCGACGCACCUCAUGUCCCCCGCUUCUCGAACCACAGCAGCCAUCAUCAUACUCGCAAACGCAGUAACACGGCUCCACGGCCGCCUGCGUUGCACGCUAUCCGCAGUUUCUCCAGUCAGGGAACUAUGCCCUCGUCGCACAGCGGGACCACGGGCUCUAACGAGCCGUAUUUCUCGCCCGUGGCGCCACCGGCUCUAUCUCAGGGUAUUCGAAGUGGUCGGAGCAGUAUCAGUCGUACGUCGGAAGGGAGUGGACGCACGGCGAAUACGGCGACGAGUAAUAUGUUUGAUGUCGGCACUGUUCGUAUGGAGGCGUUUAUCGAUCACCAUGCUGAGCAGAUUAAUCGUCCACGGGCUGUGCCUUCUGUGAAACAGCGGCAUGCGCGGAAGACGUCUAGUCAGUGGAGUGCGUAUGAUGGGCGAUCUGUCGAUGAGAGUGAGCUUUCUUUCCGGUCGGAUCCUUUUAGAGGUUUCUAGUCGGGAAAUGUCCCCGUCUGUUUCUUCAAACUUUCUCUUCCCUUCUCCUUUUCUGUCUUGUUAUUUGGAACCUUUGCACUCAUGCAGCAUCGUAUAUAUCUUUAUUCCCCGUGUCUUUGCACUGAUACAGACACCGACACCACUUAUCCUUCUCUGACCUACAUACCUGGUAUUAUUCUUUCUUUUAUACUCCUUUUCUUCAUUGUGUUCAUCUUUGCUACCCACCCCCCCCCCUUCUCUCUCUCUCUCGCGCGCGCGCGCUUGGGCAUCUUUGGAUUGUGCUCAUUCGACCCUUUUGCUUUUGACCAUCUUGAUACCAUUGUGCGACAGGAUACCUAUUCGAAGUAGCGAUGGAUUUAUGGAUUAUGGGGCGUUGGAGUUUUAGCCCUUGCUUGUUCUGCUUUCCAUAUUAUAGCCUGUGACUAGGUACUUUGUACAGAUAAUGAUUAUUAUUGUUUCUCC